GCUCCAUCAUGUGGUAUACGGCUUCUCUUUGGCAACGCCAUGCUCUACACUGCUGUUAACUUCGGCGGCAUGUACACUAAGUAUCUAGCGGACUGGGGGCAGAGGAAAGCGUUUCUGGAGACUCAUAAGUCGAUGGUGACGAGGCAAAAGACGAAGCGAGAGAGCGAUCGACAAUGGAAACUGUUUCAAAGUGUGAUACCAGAUUUUCUAGCCAAAGAGAUUUCUAGUCAUGUGUCGAGAGUCCGAGGAGAGUUCCAAGAGCAGCAAUUUAAUAAUUUGUACAUUCAAAGGCAUGAAGAUGUUUCAAUUCUCUUUGCUGAUAUCAAGGGUUUUACAGAACUUUCGAGCAAAUGUAGCGCCCAGGAUUUGGUUAAAUUAUUAAAUGAACUUUUUGCAAGAUUCGAUCGAUUGGCGUCGGAGAACCACUGCCUUAGAAUCAAGCUGCUGGGCGACUGCUACUUCUGCGUGAGCGGCUUGCCGGACAAGCGCAGCGACCACGCCUUCUGCUGCGUCAACAUGGGCCUGCAGAUGAUACGCGUCAUCCGCGACGUUCGGUACAACAAACAGGUGGACUUAGACAUGCGGAUCGGAAUACAUAGUGGCAUAGUGUUGUGCGGAGUUCUUGGUCUGCUUAAAUGGCAAUUCGAUCUCUGGUCGCAUGAUGUUACACUAGCGAACCAUAUGGAAAGUGGAGGGCUGCCAGGGCGUGUGCACAUAUCGUCAGCAACCAUGGAGUGCCUGAAUGGCGCGUUUGAAGUUGAACCCGGGGAGGGAGAAAAACGUAAUCCGUAUUUACGAGAGCUUAACAUUACCACGUAUCUGAUAAAAGCAACAGAGCAGCCGAGGAGGAGUAGAAACAAAUCGACAAAUAAUGUACAACAACAAGUGCGACAAAACGAUACGACAUGCAGACGCCCGAGCGGAAGCAUUGAAGAGGAAACCACUACCGAUUGGAUACCAGAAAUGCCGUUUCAAAAUUAUUUUCAAAGUAGCACCCCGAGUACAACGUGGUACCGGCGUGUUGACAAAAAUAAGGAUGUCGAGCACGGCCAAGACGUUGAAAUCACAUCAAUAUCGGAGCAGGAAGACGACGUGAUAAACCACUCGAUCGAGGUGAGCAGCAACCGGCGCAUGCGGCUGCGGCACAUGCGGCCGUGGUCGCUGCGCUUCCGGCGCGCCGCGCUCGAGCGCAGCUUCGGCCGCCUCGACGAGCGCACCUUCAAGUCCAACGCCAUGUGCUGCUGGCUGCUCUGGCUCUUCAUCGUCGCCGUGCAGUGCGUCGUGCACUACAAUUGCUGGAUAUUGCUAAUAAUUCUGGCAGGAAUGACGGUAUCCCUUACACUAUCGUUCUUUGUGGUAAUGGCGGAAGAAUUUCCAGUUGCACUGCCACGCCUGGCAAAUUUCUCAGCGGCAUUAAGCGCUGACAGAAUACGACGAAAUGUUCACAUUUGUUGUUUUGUGACUAUUAUGUCAAUAUCUAGUACAGUAAAGUUAUACAUAUGCCCACCAUCUUUUCCCGAUAUUGGUCCAUCGAACACAAGUACGCCAGCAGAAGCAACUUUACAAAGUCACGCAAACAAUGACUCGCUGUCAGAAGAGGAAAUAAGAUCAUUCGAAUGUUACAAGCCAGAAUACGUUGUCUUUACUUGGAUAAUAUGUCUAGUAGCUCUAACUUCAAUAUUGAAACUGUACUACUUGAUAAAAACACUGCUAGCGUUGAUCAAUGUAGCUCUGUACUCAGUUCUGUUACUCAUUUACUAUAACGUUGAUUAUUACAGUUCCCCAGCACAUGACACUGAGUUACGGUUUUACGUCCAGAUGUUGAUCUUGAUGACAAUGUUCUCAAUAAUAGUAAUAUAUCACGCGCGUCUGGUUGAAGUUACGUCUAGGCUUGACUUCCUCUGGAAGUUACAAGCCGAAACCGACUUAAAGGAAAUGAGGGACACGCAGAGAACCAACAGACAUCUGCUGAAACACAUACUGCCUGAUCACGUGGUCAAUCAUUUUUUAUCCAAAGACAGGUGUCCAGAUGAAUUGUAUUGGCAAUGGAGAGGAGAAGUUGGAGUAAUGUUUGCCGGAAUACCAAAUUUUCAUGAAUUCUAUUCCGAACAAAAAGCCGUUGACUGCAUGCGACUCCUCAACGAGAUCAUUUUUGACUUCGAUAGAUUACUGAUGCAGCCACGGUUCAAAAGUAUCGAGAAAAUAAAGACAAUUGCAGCAACGUAUAUGGCAGCUUCUGGCUUGAACCCUAAUCAUAAGACUACCGAUGACGAUUACGACCAUCUCUGUGCGCUGGUCGACUACGCCUUCGCGCUGCGGGAGGCGCUCGAAGAUAUCAACAAACACAGUUUUAAUAAGUUUCGGUUACGAGUCGGAAUCAGCUGCGGACCUUUGGUUGGCGGGGUGAUCGGCGCUCGUAAGCCCGUGUAUGAUAUUUGGGGCAACACUGUUAACGAAGCUUCGCGGAUGGAGUCCACUGGUGCUAUGGAUCGAAUACAAGUUACGAAGUACACAAAACAUGUGCUGGAGCGGCGCGGCUACGGGCUGCAGGCGCGCGGCGCGGUGGAGGUGAAGGGCAAGGGGCGCAUGGAGACGUGGUGGGUGACGCGCGAGGGCGCGCGCGGGGGGGGCGCGCCCGCCGCGCCCGCGCCGCCGCGCUCGCUGGCCGCGCUCGUGUACAGCAUGCUGCAGGCGCGCCGCCGCAUCUACACGCACCCCUUCGGCGCCGCCGGUCAGUCGCUGGAGUGGCCCACUGCUGGGCACAGCGCCCAGCGCCGCGGUCCAAGCCGGAUACGGCCGGAGCGCGCCGGCACCGCGCCCAGCGAGCGGCGGCCCGGCGCCCGCCAGCCGCGGCCCCGGAACACGUUCGUGUAUAGUGCGCACUCGGAGGCGGGCAGCCGGCCGCACGCCAACAGCGCGGCGGCGCGCCGGCCGCACAUGGCGCCGCUGGCGUCCAGCUCCGCGCCGCACACGCCCACCGCCGCGCACGCGUCGCCCGAACAGAUCUUCACCGGCCCCACCAAGCUAGGCAUAGGCGCGCGACUCAAGGCCGCGAGCUUCUCCUACAGAACGAGGCCGAGCAGGGACCGCUCGCCGAACAUUCGAGAAGAGAAUCUCGGAUCGGGAACUUCGAUAGCGAACGGAGCUCCCGGUUCCUUCAGAUUUAGAUCCGUGACGACGGCGUCCUUCUUCAGAAGCAGAAAUAAGGAGAGAAAACAGAAUCAAGAGAUGACCAACGAGAGCGGCGACACGGUCACCACUCGUAUGUGAAUAAUGAAAGAAUAUUAGACGGUUACCGACGUUGCAUUUGUAAUAAUUUUUGAUAUAUUGUACGUAAGUUUAAAGGGUAUUUAAAGUCAGACGCUGGCGUCGAUGUAGAUUUAAUAUUAAUUUCUCAAAUUUUGACCCGAUAUUUAUUUAUUGUUUCGGUUUUUAUAGUAUCUUUCAGUACAUCUUACAGGUACAUAUUUAUACUUAUUGUUAAGAUUUUAUCGUAACUAAGUUGUGAUUUUAAUACUUUUCACGUAAAUGUUAUUUUUAUUUUAUUUAAUUAUAAUAAAACAAUUAUUUACUA